AUGGCCCAAGACAUCACUACUCAGCCACAGGCCAUCACAACUCAGGCAACUAGAGAGGUUGCUCGCAAGGAGAGCCCAAAUGCUAGCACUAUGGCUAGCAGACUGAGGGAUUUCACCAGAAUGAAUCCUCUAGUCUACUUAAGGGAUGAGAUGAGAAGGUUUGUGACUGGUGUAUCGGAGGAUCUGGAGGAGGAAUGUCGGGCAUCCAUGUUGUAUAAUACAUGGAUCUUGGCUGGUUUCAGCACUGGUAGAAGUUUGUUUGGGGAUCAGGACAAGCCCAAGUUCAAUAAGGGGCACCAACACUCAGGUAAUGCUACUCCUUCAAAAAAUUCUAAUGCUAAAGGGAACAAGUCUGGCCCCAAUAAGGGCAAUGAUAGAAAUGCACAGCGUAACAUCAAGCCGCGUGGUAAGUGUCGCCGUUUGCAUGGAGGUGAGUGCUUGGUAGGUAAUAAUUCCUACUAUGAGUGUGGAAAGAGUGCGCAUAUGGUCAAGGACUGCCCGCAGGUGAGGAAUCAGGCCAACGCAGAUACUCAGCCUCGGCCUAAUCCUACUGCUGCAGCCGAACCUCCCAAGAAGAACAGAUUCUAUGCUUUGAAAGGUAGAGAGGAGCAAGAGAAGUCAGCUGAUGUGGUCACUGCUAUGUUGCAUGUCUUUUGUUUUCCUGUGUAUGCAUUGGUAGAUCCAGGAUCCACUUUGUCUUUUGUUACUUCUUUAGUAGCUAUAAAAUUUGACUUGCUUCCUAAGAUUUCGCAUGAGCCUUUUCUAAACAGGGUAGUAAGGUUUCACUUUCCUAAUGAGUUAAAGCUGGAAUGGGAUGGGGGUGGUUCAAAUCCAAAAAGCCAAAUAGUUUCCAAUCUUAAAGCCAAUAAGAUGUUAUCUAAGAGGUAUUUAUACCAAUUAGUCAGAGUCAAUGACUUAGAGCAUAAGGUUCCUUCCAUAGACUCUGUUUCCACAGUGAAUGAGUUUCAAGAUGUCUUUCCAGAGGAUUUACAAGGAAUUCCUCCUUAA